ACGAAACAUUUACCCUGUUGCAAGAUCUGAGGGAGAAACUUCCUCAAUUUUGACAAUUUCAGAUCAAUUUCAAUUCCUAGAAGAAGAGAGUCUCAGUUUUGAUUCUGUAGACGUCCAUACACCUAAAGAGCAAUUACCUCAAGUCGUUGAUGACGAUAUCGAAGAUGGAGUAGACUUUGGAGUAAGUGACGAUCCUCUUCCAGAAAAGGAAGAUACCACUAGUGAUUUAUAUGUCCACCUCCAUGUAACAAAGGAACGCAUAAAGGAGUUUAUGGAUGAGGUUAAGGCGAAGAAAGAAAACGAGGAGGAAGGAUCCGACGGGGAAAAUACCUCAUAUUAUACCACAUCAGAAGACGAAGCCACUCCUGGAGAUGACAACAAGGAGGCUCAACCUAAAAAAGAAAAACGAAAGAAGCCAAAAAGAAAGAAGGAAGUAAGCAAACCAUUCAAACUUAGUCCAUUGGUUUUAUCAGCAGAGAGUAUAGCACCUGGAGAAGGCCCAGCAGACAUGGCACCAUCCAGUGAAGUCGUCAUUGACGUAGAGAGGAUCCUUCCACCAAGACGUACUGGUGAGACAGCACGUAUUGUGACCAAUGAGCUAUUACCAGGCAUCACAGAAGGUGCGGAGAUUGAUGAGACAAAGCAACCAAAUGAAACGGAAGAGGAGACAGUAGAUAAUCCAGACGAAAAGGUCCAGAUUACAAAAUAUCUACCACAGGUUAAGAAGAAACACGCUGCAAAAAUAACUAUGGCCUACAGGAUGAUUUACAUCUUGGGUAGCGUUGGAUUGGUUAUUGGAGCCAUGGCAGCAUUCUACGCCCUGAAUCUCAGACUCGUGCGUUUCGGUAUGGGGACCCUCCCCUGGGCACUAACAGUAUACGGGGUAGUGACCAUGGGUCACUACAUUUCGGAGUCGUUUUUCGCAGUUGCAAAUAAGAUUAAAAUGACCAGGCUGGGAUUGAAAGUACAAGGUGAACAAAGGGCUUCCUACAGAUGCAAGGGGAAAGUGGCGUUACAGAUUGUUGGCUACAGAGAAGAUCCCGAUUAUUUUCGCAAUUGUAUCAUCUCAGCUCGGGACUGCUACGGUCCUAUUUACGUCUUAUGCGUGGUGGUGGAUGGACACGAAGAACAAGAUGCUUACAUGGCCGAGACAAUUACAGAAGUUUUCGGGCAUGAAAACACCAUGCAAAUUGUUCUUGACGAUCUUGCUGCUAAUAUUGAAGAAGAGGCCUGGAAGGAGUUGGUUGUCAACCCAGUUGCUGAGUUUCUCGGGGACGGCAGCGAAUACACAGGCGCAAUACGGGAAGAGGGUUGCGAACAUAAUUUCAAGGUCCUCACAAUUAGACAAUUUCACGAAGGGAAGCGUUCGGUAAUGCACUGUGCCAUGAGACUACUGAUAGACGUCGGAAUUGAUUAUAUUAUGAUGACAGAUUCUGAUACUCUGUUGGAGCCAAACUGUCUUGCCCAUUUGACGAAUCUGCUGGAGUCUGACGAUGAACUCGGAGCUGUCACGGGAAACGUUGGGAUCUUUAACGCAAAUGAGAGUCCCAUCUCCUUCCUUAGUGCAGUCAAGUACUGGUACGCAUUUAACAUUGAACGAGCCGCACAGAGUUUAUUCGGGGUAGUGUCGUGCGUAUCAGGACCUUUAGGACUUUAUAGAACUAGAGAUGUCAAAGUUGUACUACAUGACUGGUAUUUCCAAACAUUUCUUGGAGUACCUUGCACGUACGGUGACGACAGGCAUCUGACGAAUAGAAUCCUGUCGUUGGGUAGGACUGUAAAAUAUACACAUUUGGCAACGUGUACCACGGAAACACCAACUCAGUUAAUCAGAUGGAUUGUUCAACAGACACGAUGGACGAAGUCAUUUUUUCGUGAACUUGGCUUUAACUUAUGGUGGGCAUUCAAGGUGAAUUUCUACCUCACGUGGGUCUUGUUAUAUCAAGGCGUUUACCCGUUUUUCGUUUCGGCUAGUAUCAUCACACUUCUGUUCUCAAAAUCACCUAACAGCAUGGGGACAUUGCUAGUAGUCAUGGUGGCAGUGAGUGCAUUCAGGGCCACAUUGGCCACCAUUUUAUCAAGACAACCACGUCUUUUAGUCUACAUCAUAUACAGUUUCCUAUAUGUACUAUUCAUGAUUCCAACUAAAAUGCACGCAGUACUGAUGUUGUGGGACACCGGUUGGGGCACAUCAAGUAGACUAACAGUGAAAAAGGGAAAUCCAGUUCAUCUUACUCCAGUGAUACUUUGGUGCAGUCUGUUAGUCACUGGUGUUUUAUACAAUCUGAUAACAAAUCUUUGGAUCUAGUAAAAAUUGUACAUUGAGACAAAUUAGUCAAGUCAAUUAAAUUGAUAUCCUCAUUUGUUGUUUUAUGGAUAUCUUUGAGAAUGUUGUUAUGUAUGAUAUAAAUAUUGGUGCAAUAUUAAAGAUACCUACAGCUUAUGCAACUCUUAUAGAGUAAUACUCGAUUCAAAUAUGCAGUAUUUUGGCUAGAUUUUUCAAAGCAUAUAAAAACCAUAACUUGGUAAGGUUAACUUCUUAGUAUAGUGUAUAGUUAGUGACAUCAAAUAUAUUUUAUUCACAUGUUCUCUUCAGGUGUAUAUGUAGUUUAAACAAAGAUUCAGUAGUUUCACCGUUUCUUGAUUGAUUUUGACAUAUUUGAUCUUUAAAAUCAAUUAUUUGCUUAAGGUUCAAUUAGGGUCGCUCUUCUUUGAAUAACCCACCUAGACGCAAAUUAUUUCUCAAUAAGUUUAUAAUUUUCAUGUUUAUAUUCAAUGUAAAAUGCUGAAAUUACAAGUUCAAGACGUAUGUACAACAAUUAACCUCUAUAGAAUUUAUUUAAAUGUAUUUUUUGAAAAUUGAUUUGUGUCCUUAACUCACAUUCAUCGACACAUACUCGUAAUUUAAAACACCUAAAGUAUAAAUAAGCGCAGGAAGCUAAACGCGGUGAAGUAUUUUUGACGAUCAAUUUAUGAGAUGCAACACUACAU